AUGCUCACCAUCUCGCCAUGCUGCUGUCGCUGUGCCGGCCGCCGCUAUGCCCGCCGCGCUGCGCUCGCUGUGCCGGCUGCCGCUAUGCUCGCCGCGACACUGUGGCCGGGCUCACCGGAAUGCUACCUGACGGUCGCCCGUGCCGCCGCCGUGCUCACCAUCUCGCCAUGCUGCUGUCGCUGUGCCGGCCGCCGCUAUGCCCGCCGCGCUGCGCUCGCUGUGCCGGCUGCCGCUAUACUCGCCGCGACACUGUGGCCGGGCUCACCGGAAUGCUACCUGACGGUCGCCCGUGCCGCCGCCGUGCUCACCAUCUCGCCAUGCUGCUGUCGCUGUGCCGGCCGCCGCAAUGUCCGCCGCGCUGCGCUCGCUGUGCCGGCCGCCGCUAUGCUCGCCGCGCUGCGCUCGCUGUGCCGGCUGCCGCUAUGCUCGUCAUGCUGCUCUCGCUGUCCCCGCUACCACUACGCUCGCCAAAUUGAGUUCAAAGCCCGACAACUCGUUGACGACUACCGGGCGUAUUGGGAGGACUGCCGCGCGUAUAUGCAGUACCCGCCUCGGCUCUUCGUGAUCAUGAGAGGCCUCCCGGGCAGUGGCAAGACAACGUUUGCUCAAGAGUACUUCAACAUCUGGAGACACAACGCACCGGAGGAGCCGCGCCCCAACAACGAGGUGGACACCGUCGAUGAGCUGCACAUCGAUAACGAGCUGACCACCGUCAAUAUGCCGCGCGCCUACAUCGUCACGCUGGAAGAGUUUAUGCGUGAUCACUAA